AUGGCGCUCUCCAAACAGCUUACCAAUGCUGGUGUUCGUGUAGAUGAUGAAACUCAUCCAUUGCAUUCAACACCCAGUGAGAUGAUACGAAAGCAUCCAAUUUUGUACUCACUUCUCACAAUGACUGACGAAGAAAUUAAAACAGAAUAUCGUUCGCGAGAAAACGAUGCAGCAGCUAAUUUCAUGGCUCAGCCAUCACAGCAAUGUUCCAACGACUCAACAGGUUCAACUAGUACAACGACAUCGAAUAAACGAAAAGCUAUUGCUAAUUCUGACGGUCAAACUGUCAAAAAACCAAAACGAAACGCAAAACAGGACGCUAUUUCAACUGAAAAGAAGCAUGAAGACUUUUUCGAAGAGUAUUUAAAAAAACAAGAGAUACUAAAAUCGUCGCACGGCAAAGCUCAGAUAAAAAUCGACUAUCUCAAUAAGGCGCUAAGAGUUUCACCGCAAACCACUGCCAACAACCAGCCAGCGCCGACUAUGUUUUCUGCUUACCAGUCACCGCAAACCACUGCCAACAACCAGACAGCGACGACUAUGUCUUCUGCUAACCAGUCACCGCAAACUACUACCAACAACCAGCCACCGCCGACUACUUCUUCUGCUAACCAGUCACCGCAAACCACUACCAACAACCAGCCACCGCCGACUACUUCUUCUGCUAACCAGUCACCGCAAACUACUACCAACAACCAGCCACCGCCGACUACUUCUUCUGCUAACCAGUCACCGCAAACUACUACCAACAACCAGCCACCGCCGACUCCUUUUUCUGCUAAUCAGUCACCGCAACCUACUACCAACAACCAGCCAACGCCGACUACUUCUUCUGCUAACCAGUCACCGCAAACUACUACCAACAACCAGCCACCGCCAACUACCGCUAACAAUCAACAUAUUCCAAAUAUAACUGCUGCUACCGCCUUACAACCUAUGAACAAUUUCUAA